GGGCAGGCGCGUUCCCACGCCCCCUGCGCUGGUUCCGGGAUGGAGCCGGGACCGGGAUCGGGACCGGGAAAAGGAGCAGGAAUGGGAUCGGGAUCGGGGCGCUGGGCCGCCACCGCCUGCGUGGUGACCGGCGCUUCCCGCGGCUUCGGCCGCAGCCUGGCGCGGCUCCUGGCGCCGCAGCUCGGGCCCGGCUCGGCGCUGCUGCUGCUGGCGCGCUCCGCCGAGGCGCUGGCCGAGCUGGCGGCCGAGCUGCGCCCCGGGACCACCGGGAGCGGCACCGGGAGCGGCCCCGAGCUGCGGGUGCAGUGGGUGGCCGCGGACCUGGGCUGCCAGGAGGGGCUGCGGAGCGCGGGCGCUGCCCUGCGGGAGCUGCUGCAGGACGCGUCCUUCGGCCGCCUGCUGCUGGUCAACAACGCCGGCUCCUUGGGAGACAUCUCCAAAUCCUUCCUGGACCUCACCGACCUGGAGGAGAUCAACGCCUACUUCUCCUUCAACGUCAGCUCGGCGCUGUGCCUGACCUCGGCGGCGCUGAGGGCGUUCGGGGCGCGGCCAGGCAGCGUCAGGACCGUGGUGAACAUCUCAUCUCUGUGUGCCCUGGAGCCGUUCCCCAGCUGGGCCCUGUACUGCGCCGGGAAGGCGGCUCGGGAGAUGCUGUUCCGGGUGCUGGCCCUGGAGGAGCCCGGGCUCCGCGUGCUCAGCUACGCCCCGGGGCCUCUGGACACGGACAUGCAGCUCCUGGCCCGGACCCAGACUGGAGACCCUGGGCUGAGGCAGCACUUCCAGAGUAUGCAGGAGAAGGGGCAGCUCAUCGACAGCUCCGUGUCAGCCCAGAAGCUGCUGCGGCUGCUGCAGGAGGAUUCCUUUCCCUCUGGAGCACACGUGGAUUUCUACGACAUCUGAGCUCCUCCACCUUUGCCUCCCUGCUCUGAGCCUUUUCCUGGUGCCUCCAGCAGGACCUUGUUCAAAUCCUGGGAUUUGGGAAGCUUUUAAAACACCUCUGUGUGCCUUCUAAAUGCCCCUGGCGCCCUUUUGGGGUUGGGGAGCAGCUCCUGCCUCUGAGCCCUCGCUGGCAGGAGCUGGAAUCCCUCAGCUUCCAGGGAUUUGGGAGCAGAGGUGGAUUUUCCCAUGGAAUGGCCCUGGAAGGCUCAAACUCCCUGCCCAGGAGUUUGGGGCAGGGCACACGAGGCUGGGGCAGAGCAGCCAGCAGCAGGGUCGGAGCUGUGUCCCUGUGUGUCCCCUGUGUCCCACAGGGGGAGGUCCCCAGGGAGCCCUUCCUGGGGCUGGGGUGGUGAUGUCCCCCUGGAGCUGUGUCCCUGUGUGUGUCCCCUGUGUCCCACAGGAGCAGCUCCCCAAGGAGCCUUUCCUGGGGCUGGGGUGGUGAUGUCCCCCUGGAGCUGUGUCCCUGUGUGUGUCCCUUUUGUCCCACAGGGGGAGGUCCCCAAGGAGCCUUUCCUGGGGCUGGGGUGGUGAUGUCCCCCCAGAGCCCCGAUCCUGUCCCCUGCUCACCGGGGGCUCCCCCUCCUCCUGCGGGGCUGGGGUCAUUCAGAAUUCUCUGUGUUGAGAUGCAGCAAAGCCUCUCCCGGUGUUUUUUUCCACAUCACCAGGAGAGGGAGCUGGCCUUGGAGGAAGUGGGAAUUUUGGGAGCCUGGCUGGGGUCACCAGCUCACAGGAACCUGGAGCAACGACACAGCCCUGAGUUCCUGCCCUGCUCCUGUGUCAGGUUUUGGGUCCAAGUGUUGCUUUGGGGCUUCAGCCCCUUCCUUUUAAUUAUUUGUGGGGGGUUUUGGUCAUUUUUCCAUCAGAUUCCAGCAGGCACAGACACACAGAGACUUUUCUUCUGGAAAGCUGAUGCAAAAAAGUUGUUUUGAAGCCCCUGUGUGCCCUGGAAAUGCCCAGUGCCCCUCUUUGCACCUUCCACCCCAAGCCUGCAGCUCAGAUUUUGAUCCCCUGGCUCACCAGUCAUUAAAAGUUCUAAAAUCAUUACAA